AUGGAUUCGAGCGACCAACAACGAUCGAGCUCAGAAGAUCUAGAAGCAGCAGAUCACGACAUACCAAAAUGCAUCACCUUUGGCCCAGAGGGACAACGCGCGCGAUCGAAAAACAGACGUGGGAGUCUGCGCCGCUCAAUCAGCCGUGACUCAAUCUCAAGUGUCCGGGACCGCGCUCGAGCAGUUCAAGGUGUCCCUAUUGAAUUCCGAACACUAUCCUUCCAGGUCUCGGAAUCUCAGGCAAUAGGAGAGGCUGCAUCCAGUAAGAAGUUAUUAGAGGCACUCAAGAAAAAGAAGAAAGGCGAGGAGAUAGAAGAGAAGGACUACUUCGAACACUUGGACUACCACAAACGCAACGGCGAUGAUGUGUGCAACGCCCUCAAUGUCCAUUGUGACAAAGGCCUCAGAGCUUCUGAGGCAGCAACUCGACUCUCACAGAAUGGAAAGAACGCAUUCCCCCAUCGACGUGAGAAUUACGUCAAAAAGAUACUUUUCUAUAUCUUCGGCGGCUUCUGUUCUGUGCUGUGGAUUGGCGUCAUCGUUUUCUUCAUUUGUUGGCGGCCGCUGGGUAAUCCGAACCCAGCUCCCUACAAUAUCGGGUUAGCAAUCCUCAUAAUGAUUGUGAUCUUCCUUCAAGCCUCCUUCUCCGCUUUUCAAGACUGGUCGACCGCAAAGACAAUGAAAUCAAUUCUCAGCCUCCUCCCUGGAGACACUUUGGCCAUGCGCGAUGGGCAACCCAUGAAGGUUGCCUCUGUAGAUGUGGUUGUCGGAGACAUCAUUAAGAUCAGCAUCGGCAACAAAGUUCCCGCCGACAUACGUCUCCUGAGCACAUCCGGUGAUGUGCGUUUUGAUCGCUCAAUGUUAACGGGAGAGUCGGAUGAAAUCGAAGGAGCCAUCGAUAUGACAGACACAAACUUCCUUGAAACUCGAAACGUGGCAUUGAUGGGUACAAUGGUCACUAAUGGCAGCGCAACAGGCGUUGUUGUUCUCACUGGAGGCAAUGCUGUCAUGGGACGAAUCGCAAAGGCCACAAACGCUGUGAAAGACGAACCGACUCUUAUCCAACGCGAGAUCCACCGCUUCGUCCUGAUAAUUGUAGCCUUUACUGUUGUUCUGGCAACCGCUAUAAUCUUGACUUGGGUGGGUUGGUUACGAGUAAAGCAUGCUGCCUUUAUGGGCCUCAUCAGCAUGCUUAACAACGCCAUGGGCUGUGUUGUAGCUUUUAUUCCAGAAGGAAUGCCAGUCGGGGUCGCUCUCACCAUGAUGAUUAUUGCUCGAAGGAUGAAGAGCUGCGAUAUCCUCCCCAAAGGGCUAUCAACUGUGGAGACUCUCGGCUGCGUUAAUGUCAUGUGUUCUGACAAAACGGGCACUUUGACCGAGAAUAAAAUGGUCGUGGCAACCGUGGGGCUCUUAGAUGGUCGUAUGACUGCCGGCGAGGCAUUUUCUGUGCUUUCGGAGGGAAUGUCGGCCCCGCUGAAGGAGCUCCAUCGUGCUUCGGCUCUCUGUAACGACGCGACUUUCGAUCCCCUGACAAAGAAUCAGCCAGUUAUGGACCGAGCUACUCAGGGCAAUGCUACCGAUGGAGCGGUUCUGAAAUUCGCAGAAGCAGCACGGAAAGGGUUCAUUGAAUCUAUCAACGACGAGAACCCGAGAGUUUUCCAAAUACCAUUUAACUCGAAAAGUAAAUGGAUGCUUACGCUGCACAAGACCGAUUCGACGGGAGCCGAAUCACAAUUUCUCAUGUUGAUGAAAGGAGCCCCGGACGUCCUCCAGCCUCACUGCACAAGUUACUGGUCUUCUGAAAGCAAGACCAUCAAGCCAUUUGACCAAGCGUCCCAAGCUCAGUUUCUAGUGCUCCAGGAGAAUCUUUCACGAAGUGGGCAGCGUGUGAUAUUGCUAUGCCAGCGUAACAUCACCCCUGGCGAAACUCUUGGAUCCAACGCCUUUAUGAACGAAAUCCAAGACAGCUGCAUCAACGAUCUUACCAUAAUUGGUGUUCUUGGAAUAACCGACCCACCCCGCAAAGAGACAGCCGUAACGGUAGCAGCGUGUCGUCGUGCGGGUAUACGGUUUUUUAUGGUAACAGGUGACUUUGGCCUGACUGCUUCUGCGAUUGCCCGCGACAUUGGUAUAUUCACAAAUGCGGCUGAUCCUGAUACCUUUUAUAAUCUCGCCAAUCGGAGUACUGAUAUGGUGGAGAACCGACAGUCCGAAGACCGGACCAAAACUAGUCUGCUCCUUGAAGGGCCCUCGAUAGCGAAACUGAGCGGAGAGGAUUGGGAUUUAGUAUGCAAGUACGAAGAAAUUGUUUUCGCGCGCACAAGCCCCGAGCAGAAGCUUCGCAUCGUGAAAGAGUUCAGAAAGCGGGAUAAUAUUGUCGCAGUUACUGGCGAUGGUGUCAACGAUGCACCUGCUCUGAGAGCUGCUGACGUUGGAAUUGCGGUGGUAACCGGCAGCGACGUCGCCCUCGAAGCAGCCGAUCUUGUACUCCUCGACAAGUUCGAUUCGAUAGUCGAUGCCAUUCGCCUUGGGCGCCUGGUAUUCCAAAACUUGCAAAAGAUUAUCAGUUACCUCCUGCCCGCAGGUUCUUGGUCUGAGAUCUGGCCAGUACUGAUGAAUGUCUACUUCGGGUUUCCUCUCCCACUCUCGACAUUCCUCAUGAUUAUUAUCUGUGUCUUCACGGAUCUCUUCCUUUCGCUUGCUCUCAUCAUGGAAAAGGAGGAAUUCGACUUGCUUAAGCUUCCACCUCGGAAGGCCAAGAAAGGUCACUUAAUCAACGUCAAGAUAUACAUCCAAAGCUACCUCUUCAUAGGUGUCAUGGAGACGGUUUGCGCGCACAGCAUGUUUUUCUUAUACAUGUAUAAACAUGCAGGAAUUCCCUUUCAUUCGCUCGCCCUGGCCUUUGAAAGCUAUUCCGAUGGCUUCCAUGGCUAUACCAACGACGAACUGAUACACUUCAACAGUGUCGGACAAAGCGUGUACUUCGUUACGCUAGUCAUAUUGCAAUGGGGCAAUAUUCUUAGCAUCCGCAACAAGCGGCUCUCAAUCCUUCAAGCAGAUCCUAUUCGAAAGAAGAGAAGAAACCCUUGGCUGCUGGCAGGUAUGGCUAUGAGCUUGGCCAUUGCAAUAUUUGUAACAGAAGACCCAGGAAUUCGAAGAAUCUUUGGGACGGCAAGGGUACCACUCGAGUUCUGGUUCAUCCCUCUGCCCUUGGCUCUAGGAAUCCUCAUGAUGGACGAAAUCAGGAAACUUAUAGUAAGAAGUUGGCCAAAGGGAUUUUUGGCAAGGAUAGCUUGGUAA